AUGGAACGCUUCAAAGCAGCGGAAAAGUUGAGUGCACCGUCGUCCAACAAAGGGGGUUUAGUGCUGCGCAAAGAGAAAGAUGAUGGGGCGUUCAAAAAACCAAAACACUCUUUAUUGGGCUUAGACAGGCAGGCAGCCGCCCGCCGGGCGGAGCGCGCGGCCGUUAGACCUUCGUUUUACGAGGACGAGGACGAAGACAGUGCAUUAGAACGAACGCCGCGGCGGGACGAAAGUCACAACUCUCGAAAGUAUCGCAAACGGGCCACAGAAACACCGUCGUACGGUGGCGGCGUGAGCGAGUUCGCCCGGCAACGGUUUGAAGAGAAGGAGGCAAGGCACCAACGGGAUCACCGCAGAAACAGCGGAUUGUACGCAUCCACUUCGAAAGGCCGUUCGCCCAAACGGUACAAGCAGUCUAGCCGUGCCGGAUCGGAAUCGCGGCGAAGCACUUUCUCACGUUACGAACCGAGCACACCGCGGGGCGAGCGGCGUGGGAAGGGUGGCAUUAGCUCCGGCUGGACGGAUGAUGAAGACGAAGAUGCCGCGCCGCGCUCGUCGUGGGACUAUCCGACACCGAAGCCGUUCCAAGGGCCUGAGGUGUCCGACGCAGACCGAGAGCGGUGGCACGAAGAGCAACUUCGUCUCGACCGCGAAUGGUACGGCAGUGACGACGAGCGCCAGAUGAACGAGUUUUCCGAACUAAACUCAGAGUACCUGCAGAAACGCGAGCAGCAGCAACAAUCGCGCAACAAUCGACGCAUCUCGGCCCAACAGCGCCAGAUCAACAAGGACAAUGAAUUGUGGGAAAAAAAUCGACUCCUCACAUCGGGCGUUGUGAUGUCCGUGAACGUGACGGAAGAUUUCGACGAGGAAGCGCUCGAGCGUGUCCACCUGCUCGUACACCAUACCGUGCCCCCGUUUCUGGACGGACGGAUCGUGUUCACCAAGCAACCGGAACCGGUCAUUCCGGUCCGCGAACCAACGAGCGAUAUGGCGAUCAAUGCCCGCAAGGGCAGUGCCCUGGUGCGCACGUUUCGCGAGCUAAAAGAGCGCAAAAAGGCCCAAAUGAAACACUGGCAGCUGGGCGGUACGAAGCUGGGGAACAUUAUGGGUGUGGCCAAGGAAGCUGAUCCGCAGGAUGGACGGGAGGAUGAGGCGUACGAUUCGCGCAAGGAUCAAAAGUACGCCGAUCACAUAGGAAACAACGACGGUGGAGACGCUGAGUUUGCGUCGCGCAAAAAGAACAUCCAGCAGCAGCGCCGUUCCCUGCCAGUGUUUGCCGUGCGUCAGGAUCUGCUGAAUAUAAUUCGCGAAAACUCGAUCAUUAUUAUCGUAGGUGAAACGGGCAGCGGUAAGACGACACAGCUGACGCAGUUCUUGCACGAGGACGGCUAUAGCCGGCACGGUACGAUCGGUUGUACCCAGCCUAGGCGUGUGGCCGCCAUGUCAGUGGCGAAACGCGUUUCGGACGAGAUGGGAACGCCGCUUGGCCAGCAGGUCGGGUAUGCGAUACGAUUCGAGGACUGCACCACGGAUGCCACCGUCAUCAAGUACAUGACGGACGGUAUUCUGCUGCGGGAGAGUUUGCGGGACAAGGACCUCGAUAGCUACAGCGUCAUCAUCAUGGACGAAGCACACGAACGUUCACUCUCGACCGACGUCCUCUUCGGUCUGCUGCGCGAGAUCGUGGCCAGACGGCGCGACCUCAAGCUGAUCGUUACCUCCGCCACGAUGGACGCGGGUAAGUUUGCGAGUUUCUUCGGCAAUGUGCCCACGUUCACGAUUCCCGGGCGCACGUUCCCGGUCGACGUGUUCUUCGGGAAGAGCGUGUGCGAAGACUACGUAGACGGUGCGGUGAAGCAGGUGCUGCAGAUUCACUUGCAGCCAACCGAGGGUGACAUACUAGUGUUCAUGCCCGGUCAAGAGGACAUCGAGGUGACGUGCGAGGUGCUAGCCGAGCGCUUGGAGGAGAUUGACAACGCGCCCGCUCUCUCGAUACUGCCCAUCUACUCGCAGCUACCGUCCGAUCUGCAGGCCAAAAUCUUUCACCGCUCGACGGACGGCACGCGCAAAUGCGUCGUGGCGACCAAUAUUGCCGAGACGUCGCUCACUGUCGAUGGCAUAACGUACGUCAUCGAUUCUGGAUACUGCAAGCUGAAGGUGUACAAUCCGCGUAUCGGUAUGGACGCCCUGCAGAUCUACCCGAUUUCGCAAGCGAACGCCAAUCAACGGUCGGGUCGUGCGGGACGUACCGCGCCCGGCCAGGCAUUUCGCCUGUACACCGAGCGACAGUACAAGGACGAGCUGCUGCACCUGACGGUGCCGGAAAUACAGCGUACCAACCUGGCAAACACGGUGCUGCUUUUGAAGUCGCUCGGUGUCGCCGAUUUGCUGCAGUUCCACUUUAUGGACCCACCGCCGCAGGACAACAUAUUGAACUCGCUCUACCAGCUGUGGAUUCUCGGGGCUCUCGAUCACACGGGAGCGUUGACCCCGCUAGGCAGGCAGAUGGCUGAGUUUCCACUCGAUCCCCCCCAGUGCCAGAUGCUGAUCGUGGCCAACGAGAUGGGUUGUAGCGAGGAAAUACUGAUCAUCGUAUCAAUGCUGUCCGUCCCGUCGAUUUUCUACCGCCCGAAGGGACGCGAAGAAGAAGCGGACGGUGUGCGGGAAAAAUUUCAAGUGCCUGAGUCGGACCAUCUAACCUAUCUCAACGUUUACCAGCAAUGGAAGAUGAAUAAGUACUCGGCUUCGUGGUGCAACGAGCACUUUAUUCACGUGAAAGCGAUGCGUAAGGUACGCGAGGUACGUCAGCAGCUGAAGGAUAUCUACAGCCAGCAGCAGCGACUAACGCUCAACUCUUGUGGCACCGAUUGGGACGUCGUGCGGAAGUGUAUUUGCUCCGCGUACUUCUAUCAGGCGGCUCGGCUCAAGGGAAUCGGCGAGUACGUCAACCUACGCACUGGAAUGCCCUGCCAUCUGCACCCAACGUCGGCCCUUUACGGACUCGGCACAACGCCCGACUAUGUUGUCUACCACGAGUUGAUCAUGACGGCAAAAGAGUACAUGCAAUGUGCGACAUCCGUUGACGGCCACUGGUUGGCGGAAUUGGGGCCGAUGUUCUUCUCCGUAAAAGAAACGGGUAAAAGUGGGCGCGAUAAGCGGCGCCAGGCAGUCGAGCACCAAAAUGCGAUGGAGGUUCAGAUGCGCGAAGCACAGCUGGAAAUUGAGCAGCGAAAAUUGGACGAAGCAAAGCAACAGUUGGGAAUUAAGCAGGAAAUCGUUACGCCCGGUGCGACACCGCGGCGAACGCCCGCAAGAAUUGGAUUGUAAGACAGCGGUUUCUCCGGUUGUAGAAUAUUGCUU